GGGGUCUUUUCUAUUUGUUCUUUUUCUCUCUCAUAGUGAGCAAAAUCUUCUUUGAGAGAAUGGCCCAGCACUGCAGAUCCAAAUCCCCAUUCUUUUCUGCUUUUCUAAGGCAUCUCAGAAAGCAAAAUAUCACUUUUUGAUUCCACAGCUCUUCUGGGUCGCUCUCUUUUUGCUUCAACAUUAAUGGGUUUCUUCUGCUUCCGCUUCUCAUCUUCACCAACAAUGAGUGUUUGAAUUUUCGCUUUUCCUGGUUUUCUUUCCCUUAAAAAUGAGGAUACUUUAUUAUAUCUUGUUUAAGUGAAACGUCUACAUUAUCAUCUAUGGCAUUAUUGGGCAUGAGUGCAAACAUGCGAUGCAAUGGUUAUUUCCCAGGAUAUCAUUCCACACGGGAUCUUGUCUUAGGCACCGAAGGCAGCUCAUGGACCUCAUCUAAUGGUAACAGUGAACUUAAGAAUGACUGUUACCAAAUUGGUUCCCUGCCAUUGUCAUCAACAUGUCAUCUUUUAGGGUUCAACAAGGAAGUUCUGAAACAGACAAUACUCAAGCAUGAAGCCAUAUUUAGGGACCAAAUUCAUGAGCUUCACCGUAUUUAUCAGAAACAGAGGGAAUUGAUGGAUGAAAUUAAAAGGAAUGAGUUACAUAAACAUAAUUUAAGAUUGGAAACAUCAUGGUCCAGUUCCUCUUUGUAUUACUCACAAAGCAUGCCUCAGUUGGCUGGUCAAUCAUCUGUUUUAAUUGGUAAAAGCAUCCCAUUGGCUUCUGUGCAAGAAAAGAGCAGGCAAUUAUGUCCUAAUCCUGCUCCAACUGCAAUCAAAGAAUCUUUAAAAGAUUCUAAACUAUCAGAGUCUUCUUACAGAAAAGUUGGAAAGAAAAUAUUGGAUCUUCAACUUCCGGCUGAUGAGUACAUUGAUAGUGAAGGUGAAUCUUUUGAGAAUGAAAGAAUUAUGAAACAGGCCCCAUUGUCAACAGAUAAUUUAAAUGGAAUUUCUCAGGUUGUGUAUAAGAUUGAUGCGAAACCAUAUGGAGUCAAUUCUAAUGGUUUUACUGACUUAAAUUUACCAUUUAAGCUUGAAGAGAGUGUGGUGAAGUCUGAUGAUUUGGGGGGCCAAAUCCAUCAUGGAAACUAUACCUUUCAUGACAUGCCCAGAAGAAUGGCAUUAGGCUCUCAUAAUUUGCCCAAUGAUGCCAUCCAGAAUUUGAACAAAAGACAGGAUCUUGAAGCUUGCUCAGAUGUUCCACUACCGAACCAGGGGAAGAAACAAGGAUGGCUGUCCUCAGGGAAAAAUGAUGGUGGCUUCGGUUCUCUUGCUAAAUUUAAUAAUACAGAAAGACUUGGGCCAAGCAGUGCUUCAUGCUCGUCUGCUCCAUAUCAGCUUGUUUCUGAGGCUGAUAUGACAACUUCUGGGAUUUCACCAGCAUUGUUAUGGAAAAGUAUCAAACCUGGCCCUAGUUUAGAUUGUCAAAGCUAUAUUAUGAACAGAAACAGUAGGUCCAUUCUUUUGGAUCUACCAUCAGUUAGUGCUAAUGAUAUAAACAGCAGUGACAAACAGGUUUCAUCAUCAGCUACCCAUGAGCUUGGGAAGUAUGUCAACGGUUCUAAAGAUGUGGGAACUUACAAGAACAUAAACCUGAAUAUUAUGCCUGCUGGUUAUUCUGAUACAGCAGCAUUUCAAAGCAUUCGGAUUACUGGUGAAAAAGAUGAAUUUCAGGAUUCAACUUGUAUUGAAUCUUUCCUUUUGACUCCUUAUAAAUCUGGGUAUGUACAUUCUGAUUUGAAGUUAAAUAAAGUUGAGAAAAGUAACUCAAAGAGAGACAAGAUUCUUGCAAUAGACCUUAAUGGAAAGCCUCAUAGUUCCAAAAUAUGCGAGAACCUACCAAAAAAUCAAUUGAUUGAAGAAAUUAAGAAGAUAUCUGAUGUAAAUUCACCUAGUUUCCAUGAACCUGACAUUGGAGAACAGACACCUGGCCGUGAACAUUUCUUGGGGAAUGAGAAGAAAAGGCACAAACAUUUUGACCUAAAUUCAUGUAUGGAUGAGGGUGAGAAUAUGGCAAUUGAUACUGAUCUGCAUGCACCUGAAAGCCCAGAGAACAAGGAGUGUUCUCCACCCAGAGGAGAGUCUGAUGAAAACCAUCUUGAGAUGCCCUUGCAAUUGGCAGGAGAGGAGGAUCCAGAGGUACAAGAGGAGCAAGCCAAAACUGCAGCUGAGGCUUUGGUUUCCAUAUCAGGAGUUAUUGCCCAAAAUGGUGUCCAAAUGACAACUUGUCCAUCAUCUGAAUAUUUUGUAAGUAGUUCUCUCCACUGGUUUGCUGGAAUUGUUUCCACAAUAGUGGAUCAUUUAGAGAGUGAGGUUAAGGUUGAUUUCAAUGGUACCAUUAAGGAUCUUGAGGACUUUCUGCCUGCUGACUUUGAUUACUUUGAGUUCAUGUCCUUAAAUUUGACCAAGACAAAAGACCUAGAUUGCUGCCACAAGAGUAGUGGCCAAAAAGGGCAAGAAGGUGGAUCUACAUCACCAACUCAACCAAGAAAAUGCCGAGCAAAUAAGGGGAGGCGGGGGAAAGACUUUCAAAGUGAAAUUCUCCCAAGCCUUGCUUCUUUGUCGCGGUACGAGGUGACUGAAGAUCUUCAGACCAUAGGAGGUCUCGUGGAAGCUGCUAGAACAAACUCGACAACUGGUUACCUAAAAAGUGCAGGUAGAAAUGUUUUGGCUCGGGGGAGGAGAAAGUCUUCUGCUUCAGCCUCUAACAUCACAGACUUGCUGUUGAAACUGAAGGAGCUAAAUAAUAUCACUGAAAUUGAUAUGGAGAAAAGGGGGAUCAUAAGCUGGGGAAAGAUUUGUAGAAAGAGAAGGGGCCAGAGAACUCCAACCAGUAAACCCCACUUUAUAUUUAGCUAAGUAUAUAACUAAUUCUAUAGUUUAAGUUCAUGAACUUUUGGAUGAGGUUUUUAUGAACUAUAGGAUCGUUUUGUAAAUGUCAUCACAGACACUUCAUAGUAUAGUAUGUGAGAGUAUGUUAGAAAAUAGAAAAAGAACUCCUAUGUAUGUCCAAGUUGCUUCUUGGAAUCAAAUCCAUUCUCUCCUAUACAGAAAAUGCACUGACUUUUGUCUCUUUCCUUGCGUGUUGCAUUUUGGAUCUAGUACGACCUUAAAACCAUGCAUAUUUGAAACAAGUAACGCCAUAUCGAGAGUUAUAAUACUUAAAAGAGUCUUAUUACUCGAUGACUUAAAUAUGAAAAUGGUUGUCACUGAAUAUAGUAAGUGAUCUUUCUUGCUUGCAUAUUUGUUGUACUUCUUUAAUUUAUAAAUUUGGUAGCUAUUGAAUAAAUAGUUAAUUCAACUAUUGAUAUUCAUUAAUCUCAUAAAUAAUGAUGCCAUAUGGUCAGAUUCUUGAAGGAUUGAAGAUAUUUUGACAGGCUUAACCAAUACGCCACUUCAGUUAACUAAUUUAGUUUAUAGAUAAUAUGUCAUGCUAUUUAAUUCAAGAAAAUUGUGGUAUUUAUUCUAUACCAAUUAGGUUUUUAUGGUUUUCUAUUGUCUAAUUUUCUGCAUUUGAAGUAGUUAAGAUGACUUCUUUCUUGAGAGGAACAUAUUCAGUUGCUUUAUUUUUAAGAUUCGCUCCUUUUUGUACAUUUCGUGUUUCCUCUGAAUUUUCUUUAUCUUUCUAGAAAUGAAAGAUGGAUUGAGUGCCUUAGAGGAAUGUUUUUUUUACACUUUUUUGGUUUGCCUUUAGAGCAAUUAAUUUGAUCUUUUUUGUG